GUGUACUUAAUUCUGUAUCCAAACGUAUCAUACAACAUCAACAUGGCGUCGUCUGGGGACCUGGAUGUGACUCCCGAAGAAGUUGAGCGUAUCUCCAAGGCUCUAAAAGACGAGAAAUUCAGGCAGCUCUUUUUCGAAUAUGCUCAAGAAAUAUCUGAUCCCGAAAACAGAAAGAAAUACGAGGAGGAAAUUUCUCAGUUGGAGAAAAAUCGCGGCACCGAUGUGGUGUUCGUUCACCCCGAGCCUGGAUACGUGAUCAAAACAAACGUGAAUGGGGAACAGAAGGCGUUCAUCAACGUGUGCAGGAGCGAUAAGGUGGCCAAGCCAACUGCUACAGAUGUACGGCGUGACAACGGCGAGGUUGGCACGCAGUGGUCGGUGCCGCACAGCCUUGCACCUGCCAGAGAAGAUCUUGACAAGGGAGGGGGGAAUUGUAUGGUAUACGAUUGUGUGUUUCAUCCCGAUUGUUUCCAAGCUGCAGAGAAAGAUAAAAGAUUUGUGAAGCUGAUGGACGACACUGUGCUCGAUUCCAUUGAAUCCAAUCUUGGUGUUAAACUGGAUCGAUCAAAUGUGAAAAAACUCACCAAGUUGAAAUUUAAGGGACAGCCGAGGCCAACCGUGAUACGGACUAAAAGUAAAACUGGGCCGUCGGGUGAAACCGAUGCCUUGAAGGAUUUCAACAUAGAUUAUCCUUACAAAGGAGUUGAUGAGAGCCAGAAGGGAGAAAGCAAUCCUCCAGCCAAGUCGGCAACAAAGAUUUCAGGAUCCCGCAAUGCAACCAGCAAGAAGGACCCAUCUGGUCCCAUUGAACCCAAGUACAGCAUCAUCCAUAGGGGCCAUUUUGACAUGCAGCAUUUCACCAAUGCUCCCGACUCCAUGCCAACCACCAGGCCUCAAGAACUCGUUCUCAAGAUACAGCUGCCUCUCUUGAAGUCGAUAGCGACGGUGCAGCUGGAUGUCUUCCAGAAGCAGGUUGUCCUGGAGUGUCAGAAGCCAGCAUCGUACAAGCUUGAUCUGGUUCUUCCUUAUCCUGUCGAUGAGGAAAAAGGAGCUGCAAAGUUCGACAAAAGCAAGUCCUGCCUGACCAUCACCCUUCCGGUCCUGCCCCCAGAGAUCCCGAAGCUUCCGACCUUUGCCCCUGAGCCACAGAAUGUCUCUCUUGUGGAAGAAAUCCAGCAGAACGGUGAUCUGGACCAAGCACCUAGUGAAACUUCUGUGGAAGGUGAAGUGAAAAGUAAAACAACCAACCAUGAAGGUGAUUCUCCCAAUGAGGAAGGCCCCAGCAACUCGGUCGAUGAGUCAAGAACUUGUUCUAGGAGUGAAGCUGCAAAUGAUAAGGAAGGGACGCAAAAUCAAAACCGUCAAGACGUGCAGCCAAGUCAAGAAGAAGGAACUCCACAGCAAAAUGGCAUAGAGGAGAGCAGGGAAAGCACAAGUUCCGACGACAUACAUAGCGUAGCUUCGCAAAAUGUUCCGACUAAGAUGGAAAGUGAUGCAGAACAGUGCCCAGAUUACACCUUCAGGCAAGAUGAUGAAACUGCAUCGUUCAUUCUGCAAGUGGCCAAAAUAGAUGCAGAUAAUCUUCACAAACAGAUUUCUGAUGACAAAACAACAGUAUCACUCAAAUUCCAAAGCAAAUUCAUCGUCAAUGGAGAAACAGUGACCCUGCCCUACUCAUUGUGUGUGGUGUUUGAGCCCCAAUGCCAACUUGAAGGAAUGGAGAUGGACGUGCAACAAACAGAAGCCGUUCUUCUCCUGCACAAAGCAUCAGCCUCCCGUGGAGAAUGGUCUCAAUUCAAGGCUGGACCAUCCCUCAGUGACUUGGAGGCUAAACUCUUUUUGACUGAGGAGAAUGUACGUGAACACCUGAGCGACAUGACAAGGAAACACAGAGGUAAACGUGCAAGGUCUGCUGGCAACAGUGGCAUGGACUGCGGUGUCAUUGAGGCUUCGAACAAUAAGCUGGUCAUCGAGUUGGAGGCUAAAACAAACGGCGAUGUGGGUAGAGAAGAUGAGGUAGCGGACGCGGCACUUGGCACUGUCACAGACACAGUGGUAGAUGCAGUGAUAGGAGAGCUGUCUACCACCGCAGCCUCACUCAAGCUGGAUCUCCAGCAUGGGGAUUCAUCUCCGGGUAGUGACACCUCCAGCCCCUCCACCCCCUCCACCCCGUGCUCUCCGUCUGGCCUGAGAAGCGCCCUCAAGGACGGCAACCACAGCCACAGGACCCAGCGGUCCGUCAGCUUCAGCGAAGACGUCGUGGUGGAGACCAUGGUCCGAAGCAGUCCCUGCAAAACCAAAGGUAAGAACAAUAGGCACCAGCCACCCAGACCCCGACGGUUCAUCACAAAGCUCCGAGAUACAUCCCAGAACCAGAGCACCUGCAGCGACUCCGAGGUCCACUAUCGGGGCGGAGCUAAAGGAAGGCAGCAGGAGGAGGAGGACGAAGAUGAGGAAUUCCUAGAGGAGGUGGUCUUUCCAGAAUGGGUUUGUGUGGAUCGGCAGACAAGCAGUGACUCCAGCGGGGGCGAGAGCACAGCUGUGGUCCAGGACAGUAGUAAGAAGAAGAAACCCAAAGCCAACAAGCGGCAAAGGAAGAAGAUGAAUGCUGCCAAGAAAGCCAUGGCAUUUGACGAUGACAACGGCGGCAUGAAGGAGGCAUGGUUUGAGCCCAGGCAUCCUCUCCGCACUGCCUCAUCUGAGGGAAGUCUGCCAGCAUCCAUAAGCCACACUGAGGACAAGUCAGGGGAUCCCGCCGUAGCCCAAAAGAAACAUCACAAACAGCCUCCAAAGAAGGACCAAAUCAAGAAUUUAGCCCAGCCAGAAGUAGAAUCUAUACAGCAAGAGGAGAAGUCUCAAAAUGACAGUGCAAAGGAUGAAAUGGUACCACUCGACCAAGUUGACUAUCCAGCCCAACCAGAAGCAGAGUCCAUGAAACAAGAGGAUAAAUCCCAGAAUGACGGUGAAAAGGACGAGGAAGUGCCUCUGGAACUGCAAGAUCACAGGACUCAGAGCGCUGUAACUUUAAGCAAUGAGGUCAUGUUUGAGCUGGAUGAUUGAGAUUGAAGUGCUGCAACAGGGGGUCGUUGCCGUCAAGAAAUAUUCUUUCUGGUAUUCUGCCUUACCCUGAAAAAGCUGGACAAAUAUACUGCUUUCCUUAUUAUCUGCGCCCAGUCAGCAUACAUGUACACAUACAUGUAGCCGAAGGGAUAUACUCUACACAGUGUCCUGAAGUAAUGUAAGCCCAUGUGUGUUAUAAGUAUAAAUUUGGGGUCCACUUUUUUUCCUGUCCUUGUUACCUUAAACAUCUAUGAUUUUGUUUUCUGAUGCACUCC